AUGCCUAAUAUAUUGUUUGCACUUUAUUUAGAACAUUAUCUAGAGUUUGCCACGAAACUAGCUCAACAAUGUGGGCAAAUAAUUCUUGAAGCAUCAAAAACAAGAUAUACUACUGGUAAUAAAGUAUAUGAGAAGUUUGGUCAACAGACAGAUUUAGUUACUGAAACUGAUAUAAAAGUUGAAGAAUUAAUCAAAUCAAAACUGAAAGAAAAAUUUCCGGAUCAUAUGUUUAUCGGAGAAGAGACGAAAGCUGCUGGAAAUCAUUAUGAAUUUACAAAUGAACCAACAUGGAUUAUUGACCCAAUAGCUAUUAAUAAAGAGCCUGUUGUUGGUGUCGUGUUUAACCCAUUCCUCAAUGAACUAUUUACUGCUCGUAAAGGUCAUGGUGCAUUUUUAAAUCAUACAAUUAGACUUCCAUUGUCCCAUCCAUAUCCUCCGCCUGUGCUGCCAUUUAGUCUUUCUCAAUGUUUAGUAGCUUACGAAUGUGGUGGUGCCGAUAGAUCGGAUCUAGUCCUUAAUAAAAAGAUUAAUUCUGUACAAAACUUAUUAAGAUCGCCUGGAGAAGUUUCUUGGAGUUCCAAAAAAGCUGGAUCAGUACAUGGAAUUAGAAAUGUGGGUUGUUGUACUAUGAGUAUGUGCUAUGUGGCCAAAGGUUGUUUGGAUAUUCAUUUCUCAAUUGGAUGUUGGGAAUGGGAUGUUGCGGCAGCUCUCGUUAUUCUUAUUGAAUCAGGGGGUAUCAUGGUUAAUGAUCACGGGUUUGAUAAAGGUACAGUAGACAUUUUUGGUCGCAAAUAUAUAAGCAUUAGAGGUGGUUCACCAUGUGAUGGUGAUGAAAAUUCUAAACAAAGUCAAUUACGCCUUGUUAGAGAAAUGUUGGACGUUGUUGAAGAAAUUGAUUGCCCAAGAUCUUAA